UGACAGACCGGUACAGGGUAGCAAUUUCAAAAAUACAUGACUAAAAAAUAAGUCCUUGUGGUUUCUGUCUCCUUUAUCCUCUAGCUCGCUAGCUGGCCAAAUGGCUACCCUGGACGGGACUGGUGGAAAGGAUAUUGUGAAGGUGGUGUUUGAAGUGAGGGCAUGUGUAGAGAAAGGGGAGAUGAGAGUAACUGGAAACACAGCCUCUCUGGGAAAAUGGAAUGUCUAUAAUAGCGUCAAGAUGGAUAGAAGUACAGAACAUGAGAACAUCUGGAGUGUGGAAGUGGUAGUUCCUGUGGACUCUCUCAUCCAGUAUCGCUACGUGGUCACGAGGGGGGAGCUUGGAGGAGCCUUCACCAUAGUUUCCUUGGAGACCUUCCCUGAGCCACGAGCACAUACAUGUUUAAAGUCGACCUCAGUUCAAACUUUAAGAGGAGAGUAUGAAGUUAGUGAAGCUGGACAGUCCCACACUGGCGAUGGUUGGCUGGUGAGUACCAGUGAGCUCCAUCUGCAGCUGGGGACUCUGGGGAGUGCACUCUCCAUCUCUGACCACCCUCCAGACACUCGCUACCUCCUCACCAUCCACCCAUUCUCUAUCAAACAGAACAAGACUGUAGACUGCUCUCCAUGCAAAGCCAAGCUCUUGAGUAGGACCGAGGGAGAUUGUGUGACCUUUGACCUUGCAGAUGGGGGCUGUCCUUAUAAUCAGCAAACCAACUUGGUCAUAUUCACCACAGAGUCAGUCGACUUCCAAGACACUGGCUUCUCUGUUGAUGUGUACAGGAUCGAGAGUGACUGCACUCCCCCUCUUCCCAUCCCACUAUCCUCAGCCUCCAAAGUGGGCAGGGCCAGCCUCUUCCCUCGGCAGUACCUGGGCGACCAGACCAGUGGACAAGUGACUCUCACCGUCUUCUCUCACUUACAUGAACUUCUACCAAUAGGAACACUCUCACUGUCUUUCCUGCUCAUUCAUCCUGUGCGAGAGUUGCCCCUCCUCCACUCCACCAAACACACCUACUCCAACUGCUGGAGACAGCACAAGAGGAUGCUGCACAUUGGACACAGGGGACUGGGAGACUCUCACCAUCCACAACUGAAGGCUACUGAGACAGAGAACACGAUAGCAUCUCUCAAGAUGGCGGGCAAUUACGGUGCUGACUAUGUGGAGUUUGACGUCCACCUGACCCGGGACCAUGUGCCGGUAGUCUACCACAAUUUCCUGGUAGCUACCACACUGGCCAGAGAGGGAUUCUUCUCAGGGGAGCUCUACGCCAUGGAGGUCAAGGACCUGACACUACAUCAGCUGCAAUCACUGAAACUGGACAAUUCACAUGCCUCGGGAGAGGAAGUGGAGAUCCCUUGCAAUUGUUCUAAUAAGUGCUGUUGCUCCAACAAGACGUGUUGCUCGGAUAAUACAUGCUGCUCGAGUUCUAUCAGAGAGAUAGAACAUGAAGAAAAAAGGAAAUUCCCAACCUUAGAAAACGUUUUCCAUGGUGUUCCGCCCAGCUUAGGGUUCAAUAUAGAGGUCAAGUACCCACUACCUGAGAGGGCUAAGGACGGAACUGUGGGAGAAAACUACGACUGCUUUGAUUGCAAUGAUAUGGCAGACACGAUUCUGAAGGUUGUGGAUCAUCAUGCUGGUGAUAGAAUGGUGAUAUUCUCGUGUUUCAAUCCAGACAUGUGCACAGUCCUUCGCCGUAAGCAGUCCAAGUAUCCUGUGAUGUUCCUCACCGCAUGUCUCAACCCCAUCUAUGAUGACCCUCUGGAUGUACGUGCUCACACCAUGCAUGAUGCCAUGAUGCACGUCACUGCUGAGAAACUGUCGGGCAUAGUGGCCGAUUCUUAUAUAUUUCUGGAGGACCCUCAUUUGAUCAAGGUGGUGAAAGAAAGAGGCAUUGUGUUGUUUAGUUGGGGGGAUACUAAUAAUGACAGUGCGACUGUUGAGAUGCAGGCCAACGCUGGGGUGGAUGCAGUCAUCUGUGACUGCAUUGACAAAGCUUAUGCCCGGGCUAGACAAUAGGCAGAACACCAACUCAACUAUAUAAUUAUGUAUUAGACUGUAGUCACAAUAACAGUUUUAUAUAUUUUAACCAUUUGUCUGUAAGUUGAUUCUUUAUACAUUGUCACCAUUUUUAAUAAACAUCAAAA